AUGAAUACUAAAUAUAAUUUAGGAUCGAAAAGGGGAGCCUGUGAACCUGCUUUUGGAUCAAAAGAUCCAAAAAGAAGAGCCACCGAACUUGUUGAUUCUAUCGAUUUUGGAGUGAAUUCAAUGGUGUUAGACGGAGAGUUUGCUGAUAUUACUAUAAAAAUAAGUAUCGAUAAUAAUGAAGAAUCAAAAAAGGAACUUCGCCUUAACUUAUCAGCAAAACUCCGCGACAUUCGUAAAGUUCUCAACAUUAAAACCGAUAUUAGAAUGGGAACGAAUGCUUUUUUUAUUGGAAAAGGAGGCGGAGAAAUAUCUCUGAAUGUUGAGCAUGAAAAAAAUCUCAAAGAUAUUGUUGAAAAUUGCGUUUUGAAAAUAAAUAAACGAACGAACGAAAUCGAUUGGGAUGAAGUUAUAGAAAUUUGCAAAUUAGAAUAUGGAUAUGAUUUCAAUGAUAACAAGACUAAAAGCUUGAAAAAGAAAUUAUUUCAAUUCAAAAACUAUCCGGGACCUGAAGCACUUGAACGAAUUUGUAAUAUAGAGAAAUAUUCUAUCGAAUGCCGAGAUAAAUUCGAUGAUUUACGUGUAAAAAAUAAUAUUGCCAAACUUAAAAUUGGCUCGAAUUUACCAUGGUUACCUAUUUGUCUUGAUUUUAGCAUUGGUUCAAAUAAAGAAGGUCGUAAAAUCAAUGAAAAUUCUACGGUAUAUCGAAUAGUUCAACGGGUUCAUGCUACAAUAGAUAUUUCGGAACUUGAGGCGUAUCCAACCGAAGAUUUCAAGAAAGCAGUCGAAAAUGCAUUAUUAGAAAAUACCAUUCAAUCAAAACGUGCAGCAUUAAAAAAAGUUGCGGAAGAAUUUGGCCCUUUUUGGAGUCGAAGAAUUUUGCUCGGAGGCAAAAUAAUUUGUCAAGAGAAUGAUCAAAAUUGUUUAAACGAGUCCCAAAAUAAUAAUCAGACCUCUGUUAAUCUAAAUAUAACCAAGAACGGGAUGGGACAUUCUCGUAACCAAAAUUCAAGUUCUUCUUAUUACACAAAUUCAAAAUUUUCGUAUGUCAGAGCUUAUGGAGGUGAUGAUUAUACAGGAGAUGAGAAAGAAUGGAUCGAAUCGCUGAAAAAUUAUGAAAAAUGGAGCCCCAUUGAAUACGAAGAAAUCGCACUUGUUUUCGAUGUAUUAGAUAAAACUACUCGCGAAAAAAUAUCGGCUUUGUUUGAUGCAACCAUAGUUAAAUCUGGAGUGGAAAAUAUUAAUUUCAAAGUCAACAAAAAAUUCAAAAAUCCAUACGUAACUCAUUUUAAAUAUGGACCAAAUCUGACAAAAUCUCAUCGAAUUUUUGCAAGUGUUAUCAAUCAAAAAGAUCCUAAAGAAAUUUUCGCAUUGAGACUCCAUUAUAAUUAUGGAAGUACCAUGCCACAAAUCGUACUAAAUCGAUUAGGAGAACUUACAAGUUCUAAUGAUAUCAUUACAUGUUGUUUGAAGUUAGCGUGGAUUGUGAUUGGUCCUUCAUAUGAUUUUCUUUCCAAUAACGUGGAUAAAAUCAUCUGUGGUGAAGCAAAAACAACAGUUAAUGGGGAGAGAUAUGAAACUAAAGAGCUUGAUGUAGAUCCAAAUGAUCCUAAUGAUCCUAAUAAUAGCCUUAUUCUGACUUGUGUAACACGAGCGACAGAGAAUUCAGAUCAUGAUCCGAAAAAAUCGAAAAUUGUUGUUGGAUCUCAUUUUCAUUCUUCGAAUUCCAAAAUUAGAAGUUGUGGCUUUUGUUAUGAUGUUCAUACAGGAGAACAAAAACUCACAUCAAUUGACAAAGUAGAUUUUGAAAUAAAUUACUGUGCGAUUAUUUCCGAUGAAAGCAAUCCUCGAUUUGGUAUGAGCAGCGUAUCCCAACGAAGCACAUUAGAAAAAAAGGAAAAAGCGCGUAUAAUCGAAAUCUCACCUAGUCCCACUGACAUCAAAAAUUUGAUAGCGUGUAACAAAUGCAAAAAUUUGGAUAAUAAUUGCAAACAUUCAAUUUUCUUGAAUGUCCUAUUAGAAGAUUGCACGAAGAAUUGCACUCCUGGUUUCUUAAAUAUCUCCUCCGAUCAAACUCUUUUUUACACUUACAAGAAAUCUUUUGAUAAAGAUGCACAAAUCGUGUAUUACUCUCCACUAAUACAUGAGGCGUCCGAAAACAACUAA